AUGAAGAUUGCUAUCCCUGUAGUAAUUACUCUUCUACUAGAUGUUUUUCUUACGCGUUUAAAAGAACAAUCUUUCCUAAAUACAACUAUCGAUCGAACUAUUACAGUUUUCACACGUACAUCAUCCUCAUCGAGUGGAAUUAGUACAAAAUGGGCAAUUAUUCUUGCUGUUAUACUAGUUGCUGGAAUUUUCCUUGUUACAAUUGUAUUAUUACUUUUAUAUUACUAUGGGUGUACUAAAUGUAUUAUAGUAUGGAUGGUUAUAGCAGUUACACUACUUCUUUCAUAUUAUGUUUACCUAGCAGUUGGUGAAAUUCCAAGUUUAGAAAAUUGGCCGAUUGAUUGGAUAACUGUCGUUUUCUUCCUCUUAAAUAUAGUCAUUGUUGGAAAUAUGGCUGUAUUUUGGCGUGCCCCAAAGAUUGUUACUCAGAUCAUUUUGAUUUUAAUUUCUGUCAUGACUUGCUGUGUCUUUCUUUUCCUUCCAGACUGGACUGUAUGGUUACUUCUAGGUAUGCUUGUCAUUUACGAUAUCUGCGUUGUAUUAUGUCCACGUGGUCCCUUACAAUUACUAAUUAAAAAAUCACAAGAGCGUGGUGAUGCAAUUCCUGCUCUUAUUUAUAGUUCUGCAGCUUAUACCUGGAAAGAUGGACCUGAAGAGGAAGAAGAAUCUCAUGAAAUCCAAAUUGACAGAUCAACCGAGCAAGAAGAGAAUAACCAAUCCAAUGAACCAAGUACUCACGAGAGUAACGAACAGACUAAUCAAGAAACUAAUGAACAAGAAGAUAAAAAACCUUUGGAGAAAGAUCCAGAAAAUGGCCAUCAUAAGAAGCAUAAAAAGAGGAGACCAAAGAAAUUCCCACUUGGUUCAAAGAAAAUACAUCCAGCAGAGCCAAAAGAACUAAAUUCUGAACAAUCAACUGAAUCUUCUUCUUCAUCUUCAUCAAGUUCAUCAUCAGAAGAUGACAGUGAAGCGCUUGAAUUAGAAUCGAAAGAAGGAAUUAAACUCGGAUUGGGAGAUUUCGUUUUUUACGGAAUUUUAAUCAGUAGAGCUGCAAGAAAGGGUUGGGAUACUUCUGUUGUAUGUAUAGAAGCUGUUUUGCUCGGUCUUUCAAUCACUUUAAUCUUUCUUGCGAUAUUGGAAAGGCCUUUGCCUGCAUUGCCUUUCUCACUUGUUUUAGGUAUUAUAUUCUAUUUCAUUAUGCCAUACACAUUGAAGCCUUUCGCCCUGAACUUAAGAAAGCUUCUUUUGGUGUAUUGA